AUGCUGUCAGCCAUUCAACCAUAUACUGUUACGUUGUUGAACAAAUACCCUUGGCUAGCGGAGUUUUAUCCAACAGUGGAGAGGCCAUUUUUCAAUAUUUCGUUAUGGGAAAACUUCGACUUCGCGGUGACCAAAGUUUCGCAAGGCAAGUUCAUACCCAGUCAAUUUGAGUUUAAAGAGGGUGAACUACCUUUGAGCGAACUUCCUCAAGUUUUGGGCGUCAUUUCUGCGUAUUAUAUCAUUAUUUUUGGUGGAAGGGCUUUAUUGAAAAACACUAAACCGUUCAAGUUGGAUUUCCUGUUCCAAUUCCACAACUUGUUCCUAACCCUGCUUUCUUUGUCUUUAGUGAUUUUGAUGGUUGAACAAUUGAUCCCAAUGAUCAAUAAAUAUGGUCUCUUUUAUGCCAUUUGCAACGCUGGCGCAUGGACUCAGCCUUUGGUGACGCUUUACUACUUCAAUUACAUCACGAAAUACAUCGAAUUCAUCGACACGAUUUUCUUAGUUUUGAAGCACAAGAAAUUGACGUUUUUGCACACCUAUCACCAUGGUGCCACUGCUCUCUUGUGUUACACUCAAUUGAUUGGUAAAACCUCGAUUUCGUGGGUCGUCAUUUCUCUCAAUUUAGGAGUGCAUGUCGUCAUGUACUGGUACUAUUUUCUGGCUGCCAGAGGUAUCAGAGUCUGGUGGAAAGAAUGGGUAACACGUUUCCAAAUUCUGCAAUUUGUCUUGGACAUCGGGUUCAUUUAUUUUGCCGUGUAUCAAAAAGUCGCAGAUGAGUUUCUCCCAGCAUUACCACACUGCGGUGGAUGUGUUGGUUCUACACCUGCUACUUUCUCCGGUUGUGCCAUCAUUUCUUCCUAUUUAUUUUUGUUCAUUGCAUUCUACAUUGAAGUGUACAAACGCAGAGGCACCAAGAAAUCCAGACUCGUGAAGCGCGCCCGUGGUGGUGUCGCUGCAAAGGUCAACGAAUAUGUUAACGUUGAUUUGAAGAAGGCUUCUACUCCAUCGCCUUCGCCAGCGCGUAUUUCUGGCAAGCGCUAA